AUGACAGGACUUGAUCAAGCGCGCGAGCAAAGAGACGUCGCCAAGCGAAUUGCGGACCAGGCCAACGAGACGAUACGAAAAGUCGAUAACCGGAACACGGUCAAGGCGCUCGAGGCCCGCGUGGACGACUGGAAAGGCCACCAGCUGCACAAUUUCGGCGAGCUCCUGCUCGAGGAUAUUUUCAUCGUGACCAAGGCCGAGGUCGAUCGCGAGUACCACGUCUUUUUGUUUGAAAAGAUCAUCUUGUGCUGUAAAGAGGUUGUCGCCAUGGACCCGCGCAAGGCCGGGACGAUCGGCAAGGUCAGCAAGAGCGGGUCGCUCUUGAAGAAGCAGCAGUCGUUGGGGCCUGGUGGGAUGCCUUCCCCCGCGUUGGGAGCUGGAGCCAAGAGGAAGACGCCGUUGUUGCUCAAGGGGAGAAUUUUCUUGAAUAAUGUCACCAAGACUGUCGCUGGCAAGCCCAGCCAUGCUUUGCAAGUUUGGUGGCGCGGAGACGACGACCUCGAGUUUUUCACGCUACGAUGCCGAUCCGAGGAGCAAUUGACCAAGUGGGAGACCAAUAUAAAUCAAUUAAUUAAAGAGAAUGCGAAUCGACGAGCGAGCGACCGUGCCGCACGGCAACAACAUGAUCGGGCCUUGUCGACCAGUUCGGCACUGAGCUAUGCCGCCACCCCUCCCCCCUACUCUUCCAACCAACCCCUCCCCCCCUAUCCUGGUCCCCGAACGCCAAGGCUCCAUGGCCAUCCGUUUGUAGCGCAAGAGGAUGACGGAGACUAUCCCGCGUCUGGACGGGCGACCCCAUUGGAAGCUCGCCGGUCCCAGCCGCCUGAGCGGGAACGCGAGCGCGGAGAAUACGAGCGACCACUACCGACAACACCCCCGCCCAUGCCUCCCCCAACCGGUGGAUUGCCUUCGAUCCCUCGGGGCGCACCUUUGCCUCCGCGCGGUGGAUCCGAGGCGAGCUUUGGACCCGGUCGGGAGCCCAGCUUUAGUUCGAGUCGGCCCGUGCAGAAUUUACGGAGCAAGUUUAGCUCCACCCGGUUGCGCUCGGCGUAUGAUAGCCAGAACGCGAGUACGGAGAGUAUGCCCAAGGUCCACGAGGGCGGACAUCCAGGGGAAGAUCAUGACGGCCAUGUGUCGCGCGAGUCGGCAACUACCCCUACCCCGCGCAACGGGUCCGCGCCUCCUCACUUGCGGAUGCGGAGCGCGAGCCAGCCGAGCGCAUAUGUAGCUGCACCACCCCAACAACCUCCUCCACCCGUACCGCGAUGGAAUGGCAAUGGCUCGGCGAGCUCGCUGGGCACUUCGCCAGAGGAAAAACGGGGAAGCGGGUCGAGCGAGAGUACGAAUUUGAGCUCCGAGUACUCGCCCACCAACACCCAGAGUCCGAUUACGCCGUUUGGAGACGGUGCGGGUAUAGCGCGGCGAUUACUUGGGUCGGGCGAGUCGGUACGCGUCAAGGUGCAUUACAAGACGGAUUUGUUCCAGAUUAUCGUCCCCCGGGAUACGGUUUUCAAUGAUUUGGUAACCAAGGUGGCCCACAAGGUACGGUUGUGCGGCGAAGCCGGGGAGCGAGAUGCACCGUUGCGAGUUAAAUACCGGGACGAGGACGGGGACAUGAUUUCGCUCGGAUCCGACGACGACGUGCAAAUGGCAUUUGACGGAACGAGGACGGCCAGCGGAGGUGUUGAGCUUUGGGUCUCAUAG